CUUCCUUCUGUUUCCGAGACGUUCAGGGUCUAAAGGGGUUCAACAGCCUCGUCUGCAUGUCUCUGCCAGGUCCCUCAAUAAAACCUCAUCCACCGCCCACGAAUGAAGAUUAACAGGUAUGCCAAAAGAAAAAUAUGACCCUCCAGAUCCCCGCAGAUGUUACACUAUCAUGCCAGCCGAGGAAGCAGCCAGCGGGAAGAAGUCUCACUGGGCCGAGCUCGAGAUCUCUGGGCGUGUGAGGAGCCUGAGCAGCUCGUUAUGGACCCUGACUCACCUGACGGCGUUGCACAUCAACGACAACAACCUGACCCGCAUCCCGCCGGACAUCGCCAAGCUGCCCCACCUGGUCUACCUGAACCUGUCGUCCAAUAAGCUCCGCAGCCUGCCCGCCGAACUGGGCAACAUGGUUACUCUCAGGGAAUUGCUUUUAAACAACAAUCUUUUACGGGUUCUGCCUUAUGAACUUGGGAGGCUUUUCCGGUUGCAAACUCUUGGGCUAAAAGGAAAUCCUUUGUCCCAGGACAUCCUCAAUAUCUACCAGGAACCAGACGGAACCAGAAAGCUUUUGAACUACAUGCUUGACAAUCUAGCAGUCCACCCAGAGCAGCUCCCGCAAAGACCGUGGAUCACUCUGAAAGAGCGAGACCAAAUGAUCCCCACAGCUGUCUUCACAGUCAUGUGUUAUAACGUGCUGUGUGAUAAAUACGCCACGCGGCAGCUGUACGGAUACUGCCCGUCCUGGGCGCUGAACUGGGAGUACCGCAAGAAGGGCAUCAUGGAGGAAAUCACCAGCUGCGACGCUGACAUCAUCAACCUGCAGGAGGUGGAGACGGAGCAGUACUACACUUUGUUUCUGGAAACACUAAAGGAUCGUGGUUACGACGGCUACUUCUGUCCCAAAUCUCGUGCCAAACUGGUUUCUGAGCAGGAGAGGAAACACGUAGACGGCUGUGCAAUCUUCUUUAAAACAGAGAAGUUUACUUUGGUACAGAAACACACUGUGGAGUUCAAUCAGGUGGCCAUGGCCAACUCUGAGGGGUCAGAGGUCAUGCUGAACAGAGUGAUGACCAAAGACAACAUCGGCGUGGCGGUGCUGCUGGAGGUCAAUAAGGACUUGUUCUCCAGUGGCAUGAAACCCCCUCAGGAGAGGCAGCUGAUCCUUGUGGCUAACGCUCACAUGCACUGGGACCCCGAGUACUCAGACGUCAAGCUGAUCCAAACCAUGAUGUUCCUGUCGGAGCUGAAGAGCAUCGCUGAGAGGGCGUCCAGCUCUGUGACCACGGGCUCGCCAACCUCUGACCCGUCAUCCAUCCCCAUCGUCCUGUGCGCUGACCUCAACUCACUGCCUGACUCAGGUGUGGUGGAGUACCUGAGCGAUGGAGGAGUGGCUGAUAACCACAAGGACUUCAAGGAGCUGCGCUACAACGAAUGUCUGACCAACUUCAGCUGCAACGGCAAGAACGGCAACGCAGAUGGGAGCAUCACGCACAGCUUCCAGCUGAAGAGCGCCUACGACAGCAAUCUGAUGCCUUACACCAACUACACGUACGACUUCAAGGGCGUCAUCGACUACAUCUUCUUCUCCAAGACUCACAUGAGCGUCCUCGGCGUGAUGGGGCCGCUCGAAAGCCAGUGGCUCAUAGACAACAACAUCACCGGCUGCCCCCACCCGCACGUCCCCUCGGACCACUUCUCCCUGCUGGCCCAGCUGGAGCUGCACCCCCCUCUGCCCCACCAACUGAACCCCCUGAACGGGCUGCACCUGUCGGUCCACAGGUAGUGCAGCCCGAGAGAGCCCCACCUGCCCCUCUAACUCCGCCUCCCCAGUUUUUAAACACUGUCCCAGCUUUACACCGGACCCUGUACAGUUCAUCUUCAGAACGAAUCCUCACACACCAAAAAGGAGUGAAGUAUUCGUUCCGUUUGUUGCUCCUUUUCAUAUUUUUGCACACUGAAUGUUUUUUUUUUUAUUUCCCCCCCCCUUUUGAAAAAGCUUGAUACCAAAUGUUGGGGUGAAAUUGUUAAUCUCUAAGUCAAAUGUUUUGCUUUUUGCCUUAAUUACAACGACAACAAACUUAUAAUAUCAACUGUCCUGGAGAAAUUUACACCUGGGCUUUUUUUUUCCAACUUCUCACAUUUAUGACAUCAUUUAAUAGUUCUGACAAGAUAUUACCGCUGCACCACGACGUUGUAUGUUGAACUGAAAUCACCGUUUAAAAAGCUUAAACCUGCAGCCGUUUAAGUCACAAGUCACACUACAAACAUACAAACAGCUGAAUGUUGGUCCUGCUUUAUUCAAAAACCAAAUCUUCAAUGAGACGUGGGGGAAAGGCUUCGAGUUUUUAAGGGUAAAAGUUCUUGUUUUUAAAAUUAGUGUUUGAAAAGCAGAGUAUGAAACAAUAAAUAUCAGAUAAAAUAAAGAUGACGCUUCUUUUGGAGGUGGGGGUCUGAGGUUCUGACCUGUUUUGUAAAAGUAUGCAGUUGUAUAUCUGUUUUUUUUCUGGAUUAUAUUAGCUCUUCCUUUGGGUCUAAUCUGUCCUACGAGUCAAAACUUCAAAAGCCGCCUCGGAUUAGUUUUCUUUAAGGCGGGACGGAACCUCACCUCCUCUGGUGUUCGGUUCUCUGCAGCUCAAACAAAUCGGAUCGGUGAGCGGCGUCCACGUUCAGGCAAACCGUUAAACAAAUUAGCCCCUUCUUGGUUUGCGUAGACGAAAAUCAUAAUUUACGAUAUUUACAGACGAUCGCAGCGUUUGACAGUUUGACGUCCUGUUUUCUUCAUCCGACCGGCCAAAGAAAGAGAAAUAAUAAAUGUAUAAUCUCUGUUUUAGGUAUUUAUUUACCAAACUGCCAUUUCCCUGUGGAGUUUAAAACUAUAUUUUCUUGAGCUGAUCAUAACCGGCAGUCUUUAUGUGAAUCGCACCUCGCAGGACCUCUCACACUAAAGUCACGACGUUUAACGAGCAGCUUCUGUUCUGAUCUUUCUUUAUAAGCACAAUUAAUAUAUUUUACAACGUACGUUGUGCGUUUCACCCCUCAGUGCGUUUUUGAUAAAACUACCAGGGCACUUCUGCUUCUUUGCCAAAAAAUAAAUUGUCACCCGUAAUCAGUCUCAAGUCCUAAAUUAAAAAAAAAAAAAUAAAUUGCCCAAUUAUGAAAUGAGCAGAUUAAAUAGAGCAGCAUCUGUUCGGUGCCAACGGGGAAACCACGUCGAAAUUUAAUGUCGGCUUUGGUGAAGGAAAGUUUGUGGGUUUAAAUCCUGAAAAGGAGAGCGAAAAUAACGAGCGAAGAAGUUUAUUUUAAAUAAUUAAUUAAAGAUGAUUAAAAUAAAUAAAAGCCAGAGAUAUAAACUGUGAGCCACCACUAAUUAAAAAUAAUUAUUCCAAGAAUUAUUUAUUUAAUCUUAAAUCUGCUUUAUGUACGUUUUGUCUGACAGUUUCAAAGCAUAUUUUCUCUGCACGUUAUUGAAAAGGAAAAGCCAUCAUUCUGGGUCAGAUUAAAUAAUCUGGCGGUGUUGGCAUGAAGUGAGCUUUCUGAGCAUCGAUGAGGCCGAUGCUUCACUCCUGAACUAACCUCGCAGUGAUUUUGUACAACAGCUUUAAACUGUCUUUGAUGAUGGGGGGGAGUGUUCCGGUCCCCUGUUUAAAAAGGUGCAAACAUAUUUUUCCCUCAUAAAUCAAAGCUGGACUUGGUGUUGCACAUUUUGUCUUUGCCUGGUGCACUGUUAAUAAGAUCUCCACCUGCCGAGACCAAAAUGUGGGUCUUUAUUUUUAAAACUGCGGGCGUUUUCUGUCUCCAACUCGCAGCCUUUCCAUUGGUACUUUGUACGAGUAUUACUGAGUUAUUUUGAGAAAGAAAAACAUAAAAUGUUCCAGGUUUCAAAGCUGUUGGGUCUGGAUGGUUUUUAUUCCUCUUUACACACUUUUACACGCCUUUUACUUCUUCCCCCGUGUUAUCACAGCUGUAGUCAGAAGUUUGAAUUUCAUGUUAACUUUGAGCUAUUAACGGGUUUAUUUGAACCGUUAUUUCUUAAGAUCAGAUAAUUAAACGCCACAUAACUGUAAUUGUUUUUAAAAUCAAGAACUGGGUGCACAAAUUGAACUUAUUGGGGCAUUUCUCCAGUCCAUAGAGGGUCAAAUAUCAUCAUACACCCCUAGUAAUGUUUGAUAACAUGUCUCUCACCUGGACCUCAGGCUUUUGGUCUCCAUCGAGCUUCUGGUUGGACUUUGGCUGAUGUUUGACCGCUCUUCUUCUUGGCAGAAUUGGUAGAGUUCAUUUAUAUUGGUUGGUUUACAAACUUCUAAUUGGACUUUGAAAAAUUAUUGCACAAGCAUUACAUUAGUCUGCUUUAUCCAAUCAGAAACCAGCUCUGAAGCUUUAUCCAAUCAGAAACCAGCUCUGAAGCUUUAUCCAAUCAGAAACCAGCUCUGAAGCUUUAUCCAAUCAGAAAGCAGCUCUGAUGUGUGUUUGGUAUUCUUCCGUUGUGUCCAAGUUUCAACCAUCCAGCUGUUGAUUCAAAGUGAAGCUGGAUAAUUUGAAGGUCAUCCUCUAUUAUUACCACAGCAUGAUGCUACCACCACCAUGUUUGACAGUUAGCAUGUUGUUCUAAAAUUUGAUUCCUCCAAACAUUCUUCUUGUCAUGUCGGCCAAACGUCUCAAUCUGUGUCUCAUCUAAGGUUAAAAUUUUCUCCGGAAGGUGUUUGUCUUGUCCGCGUGGACUUUUGGAGUCGAAGCUGCUUUCUGUGUCUUUGCAGUCCGUGCAGAUGUAAAUCUGUCUUCGCCGUGGACAGGGACACUGGCGUUCCAGUAGCUUCCAGUUCAUGGUAGACGUCAACCUAGGUGGUUAUCCGAGAGGGACAGAGGAGCGUUGAGUGCUUGCAAACAAAUCUACCAGCUGGAGUUGAUCAUACCACUAACGAUUUAACAAUUGUUUAAAUUAUAACGCCUUCUAGGACCUUCAGUGCCACUAAUUAAUAAAUUAGAUGAAUAUGGGUUUAUUUGACCCUGCAUGGAUUAAAGAACAUCCAUCCAUUGAUGUCUUGUUUAAUCAAUCAACCCUGGAAAAAAAAAAUAACGGUUCAAAUCAAACAUUAAAAGCCCAAAACGAAAAGACACUGAUGAAUAGAUGAAACUGACAACUUGUAAGCUUUUAGUUUUACCUAUUUUUUCUACAAACAACGUGCCUGGUUUGAACAGUUUCUCCAACAGCAGCACUGCCCAUGAGACUCGGAUUAAUCCAGAACUCUCAGCCGUCCUGUCUUCAUCCAGCUGGUGUCAUUUCCUACACUUCUCCAAUCCCUUUUUGUUUCACCGAGGAGAUGUUUUGAAGUCAUCCCAUCAUUUCAUUCAACUCCUGAAUGUAAUUUGUGUUUCUGGUUUGGUUUUAUUUUCUUUGUUUCCAUUCAGACUUCAGAGCGUUGUCGUCGGCUCCUACGAGCUCUUCGGUCCUGGUUAAUAAAAGCCUCUGGUACAAAUCUUGAGUUUUCCAGCAAAGUGAACAAAGA